CGCCCCGCUCCGUGCCGGUGCCGCCGGGCCGUAAAGCGCCGCCGCCUCCCGCCCGUCCCCGCCCCGGCGGUCGCUGGCGAUGUUCGCGGCGGCGGAGGAGGACGACGCCGAUUUCCUGUCCCCGGCCAGCGGAGCCAGAUUAGCCUCUCUCUUUGGCCUGGAUCAAACAGUCUCAAGCCAGGGAAAUGAAUUCUUCCAGUUCACUGCACCAAAGCAGCCCAAGAAGGGUCAGACAGCACCUGGCCAGGCCCAGAAGGUGUCAGUGGCCCCGGCAGCCUCAGGAGCCCCCUCAGUGCUGGUGGCCACCGCAGUGCUCGCCUAUCGAUAUACAAAUGGGCAGUACUUGAAGCAAGGCAAGUAUGGAGCAGCUGUAGUGGGGAACCAUGCUGCCAAAGAGUACAGGCUCCUCCUUUACAUCAGUCAGCAGCAACAGAUCACCUCUGCAAGGAUCCACCCAGGCUUCGUGCUCACGGUUCAGCCCAACAAUUACAGCACGUUCUAUGAUGAUCAGAGGCAAAACUGGUCCAUCAUGUUUGAGUCAGAAAAAGCAGCAGUGGAUUUCAGUAAGCAGGUGUGCAUUGCCAAAUGCAACAGCUCCCCAGCACUGGACUCAGUCCUCUGCCAGGAUCUCCUCCUGGGAGAAGGGCAGGGAGUGGAAGGAGGAGACUCCCUGGAAGUUGCUUAUACAGGAUGGCUGUUCCAGAACAACGGGCUUGGACAGGUGUUUGACUCCAAUGUAAACAAAGACAAGCUGCUGCGGCUGAAGCUGGGAUCUGGAAAGGUCAUCAAGGGUUGGGAAGAAGGAAUGCUGGGCAUGAAGAAAGGAGGGCGAAGGUUCCUCAUCAUUCCUCCAGCCUGGGCCUACGGGGCUCAGGGUGUGGCUGGUCGUGUCCCUCCAGACACCACUCUGGUGUUUGAGGUGGAAAUCAGGCGGGUGAAGCUGGCAAAGGAGUGCUCUGGUUCAGAUGGGCUGAGUGUCAGUUCAAGGGAUUCCCCUGCACCUUCUCCAGUUCCCAGUUCAGAUGGCUUCUCCUCAGACACUGGUUUAGUGCCUCCCUCCAGCAUCCCUCCAAAGCCUGGGGAGCCAGCUGUUCGGGCCAAGUCCAACUCCAUCAGUGAGCAGCUUGCAAACCCAGAUGUAGCAAAGGCAAAACUGAUUUCUCGGAUGGCCAAAAUGGGACAGCCCAUGCUGCCUUUCCUUGCUGGGACAGCAGGGAGCCAGCUGGACUCCAGUGACUCAGAAAUAGAGGAUCCCAAUACUCUGAGAGGGACAACACAGCCAGUGGCUUCAAGCAGACCCUCCCAGCCAGCUCAGGCUGUGCUGCCCACAGUGUCCACACAAGUAUCUCAAGCAUCUGGUGCUGCACCUUCAGUAUCUUCUGCUGCUUUAAUUCCUGCAACAAUCCAGCCCCAUUCAGCUCUGCCUGGAGGAGCACAGGGCUUUCAGGCAUAUCCAGGAGUGCCAUUUGCUUAUCCCCAAACUGCUGCAUCUGCCUCUCAACUCCAGCCUGUGGGGCAGAUGUAUCCUGCUCCUUACCAAGCACUUGGAGAUGUCACCUCCUUUUUGAUGACAGAAGCUCGGCAGCACAACACUGAAAUCCGACUGGCUGUGAGCAAAGUCGUGGAUAAAAUGGAUCACCUGGCUGCCAAGGUGGAGGAGCUGAAGAAGCAAAGCACUGCUAACAACUCCCUGCUGCCUGGCAUCUCCUCUGUCACUAUGGAAGCCUCCAUGAUCAUGAGCAACAUCCAGCGCAUCAUCCAGGAGAAUGAGAGACUGAAGCAGGAGAUAUUUGAGAAGAGCAGUCGUAUUGAGGAGCAGAAUGAGAAGAUCAGUGAGUUGAUUGAACGCAACCAGAGGUACGUGGAGCAGAGUAACCUGCUGAUGGAGCAGAGGAACUACUCCCUGCAGACAACAAAUGAGAACACACAGGCUAGAGUGUUGCAUGCAGAGCAGGAGAAGGCCAAAGUUGCAGAGGAGCUGGCAGCUGCCACAGCCCAGGUUUCCCAGCUGCAGCUAGAGCUCACCGCCCACCAGAAGAAGGAGAUGGACCUGAGGAAGCAGCUUUCCUGUGCUGUGCAGGAUGCAGAGAGACAGGAGGCACAGCUCAACAAGCUGCAGGCACAGGUGGCAGAGCUCCAAGAAGCCUCUCAGGACAGUCAGAGCAGGUUCAAGGCCGAGAAGCAGAGCCGCAAACAGCUGGAUAUGAAGAUUGCAGCACUGGAGGAAGAGCUGACAGACCUGAGAGUGGAAAAGGAGAGUCUGGAAAGGAAUCUUGCAGAGAGGAAGAAGAAAUCUCUUUCAGAGAGAGCUCAGGCAGAGGAAGAGAUGGAAGAAAUCCGCAGGUCGUACCAGCAGGAGCUGGACAAGCUCCGGCAGCUCCUGAAAAAGGCCCGGACCUCGACUGACCAGGCAGCAGCAGAGCAGCUGUUAGUGAUCCAGGCAGAGCUGGAGUCCCAGUGUGAAGCCAAAUGUGAGCGUGCCCUGGCCUCAGCCAAGGAGCAGCACACCCGGCAGUGCCAGGAGCUGUGUGAGCAGAGGGACUCCCUGCAGCACCAGGUGGCCCAGCUGGAAGAGAAGCUCACAGCUCUCAAACAGUCGAAAAAAACAGAGGAACAGAAAUUGUCUGAGGUUCAGCAACGUUUGGAGGAAGUGGAGCCUGUCCAAGAGAAGUACUCAGCCCUGCAGGCAGAUGUGGUGUUGCUGAAGGCUCGCUACGAGGAACGGAUCAGAGACCUACAGAAGGAUCAGGGUGGAUCUUCCCCUGCACACUUCACUGAGCAAGUAAAGAAGAUAAUGAAUGGUGUAUUUCAGUCUCUUCGGGGUGAAUUUGAGCUGGAUGAGAUGUACAGUGGCAGGACAGUCCUGGGGGUUGUCAUGAACACUAUCAAGACUGUGACACUGCAGCUGCUCAACAAACAGCAGGAAAAACCAGAAUAUGGCAGUGAAAACGAGGAAUCUGGCACAGGAGCAGGGAGACAGGAGGGAUCACCUGGAGAAAAGACUGAGCACAAAGAGCCCCUACAGCACAGCCCAGCACAGAGCACUGCACCUCCAGCUGAUCCUAGGGAAGUGACCAGAGGCUCCCUGGAGUCUCAGCAGGAAGACCAGGUUGCUCCUCACCCUGCCAGGCCCAGAGCUCCUGAGGAGGAGCAGGAGAGAGAGAGCAAGGGGGUGAAAGAAGAGAAAGCAAAGACAGAGAAGGAGCAUCUCCCUCCCACAGCUGAUUCCAGCCUGGAUGCUGAGAAGGGGCCUGUACUUGCAGGACAGCUUGUUCCUGGGCUGCACACCGUUGCCAUCAGGAAAGCUGACCCAGAGCAGGGUCCCUCUGCAGUGUCUUUGCAGGCAGAAGCUGCAGAACCUUCUGUUCCAGGAGCCAAGGCAGGAGAGGUGGAUGUGGCAGUGCUUCCAGCACAUCCAGCUGUGGAGCAGAAAGCAGAGGAGGCUGUGGGAGGUUUAGAGCCUCCUCCCUUAAAUGGGGAGGAAGGGAGUGGCACAGACACGUGGGAUGGAGCUGGCUCAGAGCAGGAACCUGCCUCAGUGUCCAGCAGAGCAGAGCCAGGCUCAGCUGUCCUGAGAGGAACUCCAGGAUCACAGGAACUGGGCUCCAGCCCCAGGCACACAGAUUCCAGCCUUUUUGAGGAUGACAAGUUCUUUGAAACAGCAUCUCCUAAACCACUGAAGCCUCAAGUUCUCUCUGAAGAGGAGGAUGAGGAGGAAGUGAGCAUGAAGGGGCGUCCCCCUCCUGCGCCACUCUUCGCUGAUGACGAUGAUGAUGACCUGGACUGGCUGGGAUGAAGAUGUGGCUGCUGAGCCCUCUUCUCUGGGCAUGGCCCCUUCCUGUGCUCUGAGCCCUUGGCGAGCUGCACAUGUGGGACAUUGGGAGUGACCAGGGACUUCCCAGCUCUUGUCCUGCAGAUGGAUGGGGCUGGCACCAGGUGGCUCUUCUGCACUCGUGGGUACUCGAGCUGCCAAAUGCUCUGGGGCUGGGCUUGAGUGCAGGAGCCACCCACUAUCCCCCUCCCCUGAGUCCUGGAUUCAUUAACCUCAAAUUUUAUGCAAAUAGGAACUUGGUGAAGAGCUUCAGCAGAGCAAGUCUGGCAGGACCCUGCAGUGGCAAUACCCUGUUAAAAAAAUCAGACUAAAAUCUCCUUCCCCAGUGAUGAACUCCUUGGAAUAUUUGUCUUAGUUCUCAGGGUGGUUCCCAGGGACCCUGCACCCUCUCCCCACUGUGUCUGAGUAUUGUGCCAGUGGAGGUUUCCCCAGGCAUCCCAGUCAGGUGUUUCUUGUGAGUCCCUGGCUCUGCACAAGCAGCCUGGGGAGCCCCGAGGGCUGAGGGGGCUCAGGUGGGCACUGAGUCCAAGCUGUGGCACAGGUGCUGCUGGCUCUUGCAGCUCUGGUAAACCAGGGCCUGAGCAGCUGUGAUGGGUGCUGUUAGUUUGCUCUCCUGUGCCCAGAGCUGACGUGGUUUUUGCUGGGCUCUGUUUCUCUAUGGGAGCAGCACCACAGCUCUGGGAUGUGCUGUGUGAUUGGGAAGUCCUUCCCCGCAGCCCAGCCCCUAUCCCGUGCCUUUGGCUCUGCUGCUGUUAAAAUGUGACCCUCCCAGCAUCAGUUACACUGGUGGAGAGAUGGGUGGGACACAAGGCCUGGGCUGGGCAGUUCAGGGUGUCACCCUGCACUUAGAGGGGACCAGGAGGGGAAAGGAGUGAGGACAGAGCAGGGUAAAGAGCCUGAGGCUCUCGCAGUACUUUUAUAUGCCACUCAUGGGCACUAACACAUGUCUUUAAAACAAAUAAACCCCUUCAUAAAGUGAAAAGAACUUAAACUAAUUCUACUAAUUCUGUUUUCUAUACCUGCCUUUACAGUUUCUGACUGGAAUUUGACCUGUGUCCCCCUAAAGGUGAUUUCUUGGGAGGAAAACCCCCAACAGGGCACUGGGUGUUGGGGGGGGGGGGGGGUGGCAGGUUCCUGUGCCCCACCCUUAGUGCCACCAAUUGACAAAUGCAGCAGAAAUUGAGACCAGAGCCUGUGACAGCCACCCUGCUGCUAUGCAGGGUGACCUGAGCUGGGCUGUCCUGGGCACUACUCAGUGCUGAAUAUUAUGAGGGUGUUUGAAACUAGAUUUUUCUGGGGGUGUCAGUGCCCUGAUGUGGCCUAAGCCCUGUCUGUGCAGUGUCCUGGGGCAAUCAUUGCUCAUAUUAACAAGUUCCACUUCUUGUUCCCCAUUACACAUAGACACCCUGAGGGAUUUGCAUUUCACGUCUUGGAAAAUAAAGUGCAAUUAAACCUGU